AUGAUUUCAGAUGGCCAUCCUUAUGGAGCUUUCGUAGGAACUCUCUUGAGGAGUGAUGAUUUCUGUACUUCCAUAUUCCAGAGACAAAUUAAAAGCAAAGGUGUUGAUUCCCUUAUCUAUAGCAAAAGGCAAAAUGGCAUAUCGUCGAUUGAUCCAGGAUGCUCAGCUCAAAAAGAACUUUCAGAUGAAAUACUGACAAGACAAUUUAGUGCUAUACCAGAUAUUAUCGAACUUUAUACUGAUAAUGCAACUCACCUGGAAGAAAGUGACGGCGAAGAUUAUAUGGACGAAGCAGAAAGUGAACUAACUUCUCUAAUAACUACAAAGCUACCCAUAUCGUACAAACCUGAGGAUUUUGAUAGAUAUGGAUUUAGAAAACAGACUACAAAGAUUUCUAAAGAAGAAUAUGAAAAAUGGUGGGCAGGCUAUUCAUUGUAUUGUGCGCGGCAGAAAGUGAAAUGGGUACAAUUCCUACAGAACAGAAAUUUCGACAUACCGAAUGAUAAUCCUGAAAAGUUCCCACCUAGAGAUGAAGAGUUGAAAAACUAUGUUAGAAAAGGAAUUCCUGCAGAAUGGAGAGGAAAUGCUUGGUGGUACUUCGCUAACGGACAACAUAUCUUGGAGGAAAAUAUUGGUGUCUAUGCCGACCUUCUUUCCGAGGUUGAGAAAUUGAGAGAUCAUGACCAACAACAGCAUCAUUUAUUGGAUGAUAUUGAGAUAAUUGAACGUGAUUUAAAUCGAACUUUUCCUGAUAACAUACAUUUUCAGCGGGAACAAUUUCAAAAGCAGCCACCACUUAUAGUAUCAUUACGGGACGUUUUAACUGCUUUUGCCCUUUAUGAUAGAAAGAUCGGUUAUUGCCAAUCAAUGAAUUUUCUUGCUGGGUUACUCUUAUUAUUUAUGGAUGAAGAGCGAACCUUUUGGAUGCUAGUCAUAAUCACUAACAUAUACCUACCUGAUGUAUAUUCUUUGGAUUUAGAAGGCGUUAGUAGAGACCAGGGCGUUUUGUUACUAUGCAUAAAGGAGUACUUACCUGAACUUUGGAUCCAAAUUGACAGAAAUUCUUUCCGAGAAGAUACGUUGCAUAGACCGAUAGGUAAUAAAAGAGAAAGAAAAGAGCAAUUUUUACGAAACUCAAAAGUUACUGAAAUACCACAGAUUACAUUGUGCACAUCAAGCUGGUUCAUGAGUUGUUUUACCGGAAUACUUCCAAUUGAAACAACUUUAAGAAUAUGGGACUGUCUAUUUUAUGAGAGUUCUCAUUUUCUCUUCAAAAGCACGUUGGCUAUUUUAAAGUUAGGCGAAUAUGAAUUGCUGGGGNNAAAGAACAAUAUGCAAGGUAUAAUUUUUUUUAACCAGAAAAAUGGGCGAUCUAAAGUUUCUAAAAAUAUUAGAGAAAAUGAUCACCCAGAGGAGAUCUGCAUGCAAAUAACGCAUCUGAUCCAGAACCUCCCAGGAACUCUUCUUGACCCUAAUUUAUUUUUCGAGAGGAACCUUUUGGCGAAGAAACUGACAUUUAAUAGUCUAGACCAGCAAGAAAUUGAUGCAUGUCGCGAAUAUAUCAGGUCACAGAGAAGUAAAUUUAAGGGAAUGUUGGAAAUAAGCGCAAUAAAAGAUGCCGUUGCUGCGGGUGAGGAAUACCCCACUAUACCAUUCGCUUCAACCUAUGCAAACACACGUAGUGCAACCUACGAAUUCAACAAGGAGCGAUAUAACAAGAAAAAUGCUUGGAAGUUCAAUAGUUAUAGAAAUAUCAAAGAAACUGUCAAAAAGUUAAAGAAGACAACCAGCUUCUGA